GCCAGAUUACAGCUAAGAAAAUCCCGCCGCUCACAGCGACCAAAUUUAAAUCCCCUCCCUACAUGGGGACAAUUAAAGAAAUUGACCAUAGAAGGGCAACGGCUUGUCCUUCAAGCAGGAAAGCCUUUAAACCCCGAAAACUUGUUUUUAGCUUUAUGUGCCUUGCUCACCGUUGCAUCGGGGACUGAGUCUUCCAGAUCCAAAGAAAAUAACUGACGGAGCUCCUAUAUUUCAACAAAAGACGGCUCUCUUGUGGUGGGGAGAUGGUGGAAUCGCUAACCCUGCUGUUGCAGCCGAAGAAUACCCUCAUCACCUUCAAAAUCAUAUUUGGAAGAUCCCAGCCGCUAUGCAACCUGUAACCUUGUACAAUGUUUCAUAUUCAGGGACUAGUCGAUCUGUAUCUACUACUUAUAAUUUUACUAGGUUUAAAAUGUAUAAUAUUACUGUUUGUGCACCUCUACCUUAUGUCUUUUUAGUGGGAACUUUUAAUUUUACACAUUUUUCUUGUACUUGUUUAAAUUGUCAAUUGUUUACAUGCUUAAAUAGCACACUAAAUUUCACUAAGCCUUAUACAGUUAUGCUGUUACAACAAAAAACUCAUAUUUGGUUGCCUGUAAAUUUAACUCGACCAUGGUCUCAAGACCCGGUAAUUUCUGUUACUACUGAAUUUUUUAAACAUCUGUUAAAACGUACAAAAAGAUUUAUUGGAAUAGUGGUUGCUGUACUGUUAAGUCUGAUAACUGUAGCCUCCCUAGCAGCAGUCUCAGGAAUAGCUUUACAAACCUCUUUGCAAGAAAAACAUGUUGUAGAAUUAUGGCAUGAAAAUUCUCAUGAACUUUGGUUAACUCAGUGGCAAAUAAACGCCAGACUACAACAACAAAUAGACCUCCUUAAACAAACAGUUGAAUGGAUGGGUAGAAAAAUAUUGGCUCUUCAGCAUCAAGUGUUUUUAAAAUGUGAUUGGAAUUCAACUACUUUCUGUAUAACCCAACGACCUUAUAAUCAGACAGAACAUGAAUGGGAAAUGAUUAGAAUGUAUUUAAAUGGAAACACCUCUGCCCAGGAGGAAAUAGAAUCUUUGCAUAAUCAAAUUGACAAGGAUUUUGCAAAGCAAAAUGAUGAUGAAUCUCUAGCACAAUUCGCGCAAUUGCUUGCUCAAUCUUUGAAAGGAUUAGAUUCCAAAGGAAUCUGGCAGAGCAUUACCCACACUUUUAGUGGCAUGGGACUUAGUUUAAUUAUAGUUCUCAUUGCCAUAGUUCUUGUGUAUUUUUACUGCAUAAGACGAAAUACUAUUAAUAACCUGAUCUUAUGGAGAUUGUUGUUAAAAAAUAAAAAGGAAGGAAGUGUGGGGGAUGAGGUGUCACUUUGUAGGCCCAACCCCCUCUAACCUGCAAUUUACAAUAGCCGCCCUGGUAUGCGAGAAGGAGGUAGAACGGGAAUGCCUGUUCUCAGUGAGCCCUCACCCUCUGGAAUCCAUACUGUGAGCUGGCUUUGUUUUGCAGAAGUCUUGAGGAAGUGGCUGGCCACCCUUUGUGACACUAACAGCAGACAAAUUAACAACAUUCUUGAGCUAAUGAAUUUCUUCCUGGGCUAGAGAAGUUGUGAGAACUGGUUGUGAUUAUUUACUUCACUUAGAUAGUUUUAGAAUAAACAUUGUAGUCUGUCACGUUGUAGCUUGCCACAAAGAAUGCCUUUUCACUACUUAAUUAUCUGGGCUCUGUGAAUUGAUCGGGUUUACUAUAUAUGAAUCCUAAAAUAAAGA